GUUGCGCUUUGGAUUCGCCUGGUCCUGCAACCUCGGAUGACGUCCUGGAGGAAACGUUUGAGAAAGCAAUUCGGGAAUCGAGCAGACUGAACAUGCGCAUGCCUUUCAGAAGGAUCCAUUCGCUGCCACAAAGCUUCCUGGGAUGCAGUCCUGCUCUGAAGAGGAACCAUUGCGAUUCUCCGGACAGCAGUGCUUUCCAGCUACUGGAACAGGAUGAAAACAAGGAAAAUGAGUCGUUCGAGUUCAAGAAGCCAACCAAGCCAGCUUCUCGUUCUGCGCAGAUCCGUGAUGGAAAAGAUGUUCUUGGGCCAAGGCAGAAAGGGAGGAGGCUAAGACUAACUCUCUCGUCUCGGUGUCCCCUGGGUGAACAGGAGAACCACAGACCGGCUUUCCUGCAGCAGCCUCUGACUUCCUCCCAGAGCAAUGAUGACGACGACGGGUUCCUGGAGCUGUUAGACGAUGAGGAUUUGAAGAACGAUGAGGAGAUGCCAUCCGACGUGGCGAGCCUCUGGACUGCGCCGCUGGUCAUGAGGAAAACGGACAUGCGGGGCAAACGGUGCCGGCUCUUCGGCUCUUCAUCUCUGUCUAGCGGGGUGGGGAGAACCACCCAGAAAAGGAUGGAAAGGUCCCAGGAAGAGAAUUCUCCAGGGAAAAGCAAGAAGAGAAGGAGCCUGCCUGGAACACCUUCUGAGGAUUCAACGGGUCUGAAAAUGGUCAAGGCACAACCCUCUGCGGCGGAGAUCGAGACCAUCUUGGACAGCGACGCGGGAGACCUCAUCGGGGACUUCUCCAAGGCCUACUUACUCCACACCGUCGAUGGGAAACACCAGGAUCUAAAAUACAUCGACUCGGAAAUGGUGGUGUCCGUUCUCACGGGGAAGUUUGCAAGCUGCAUCAAGGAGUGCGUGAUAAUUGACUGCAGAUACCCGUACGAGUACGAGGGGGGGCACAUCAAGGGGGCUGUCAACCUACACAUGGAGGAGGAGGUGGAGGAGUACUUGCUUAAGAAGCCAAUCAAGCCAUCGGCCAACAAACGAGUGAUCGUGGUCUUCCACUGCGAGUUUUCCUCGGAGCGGGGCCCUCGGAUGUGCCGGUUUGUCAGAGAGCGGGACCGGCUGGGGAACGAAUACCCCAACCUCCACUACCCAGAGCUCUACGUCCUGAAGGGGGGUUACAAGGACUUCUACUCCAGGUGCCGCAGCUUCUGCGAGCCCCAGAGCUAUCGCCCCAUGCAUCACGAGGACUUCAAGGAAGACCUGAAAAGGUUCCGCACCAAGAGCCGGACCUGGGCGGGCGAGAAGAGCAAGCGGGAGCUGUACAGUCGCCUGAAGAAGCUCUGA